AUGGCGGCAAACACUGGCCCCAUCACCCUCAGCCUGCCCUCCAAAUACGCCAGCGCAAAGCCCGCGGCGACGGCGGCGGCGGCAACAACCUCAUCACCAGCGCCGCCCCCGCCCGUCGACUGGCUCACGGGCACAUGGACGGUGACGCACUCGACGCUGUCCAUGUGGCGCUCCGCGCGCAACGUGCGCAUCACCUACGCGCCGCUCGCCGCCAAGGGCGACGGCCGCGCGCGCAUCGACGACCUGGUCGAGUACGAGCCCACCUCCAAGCAGGGCGUGCUCAAGACGGUCACGGGCGUCGACACGCGCAGCAGCGACGCGGGCGGCGGCUGGGACUGGCGCGGCAAGGGCUGGCUCUUCUUCGUGUCGAGCCACUGGGAGGUGCUCGGCUGGGGCGAGACGCCCGACGGCGCGGAGCGCUGGGCCGUGACGUGGUUCGCGCCGACAAUGUUCACCAAGGAGGGCAUCGACGUAUACUCGAGCCGCCGCGAGGGCAUCUCCGAGGGCGUGUACGCGGAGAUUGACAGGGCGCUGAGGGGGCUGGGGGUCAAGGCGCUGGUGGACAUGACGACGGAGGACAUGCAGCCCGUGGAGAUUAAGCUGCCGUGGACGGAGAAAUAA